UGUUCUUCAGAACUAGCUCAGCUUUUCGACUAAACGGUUGAAAUAUGAAGACUACCUAUCUGAUUCUUACCGUGAUUUUGGCUUUGGUUCUCAAGAGUACAACAGGAGAAUUUUAUGUAUUUGUAGGAAAAGUAAUAAGCUUCUUGAUAGAAUUUGCAAGACUGCAAACUAUAUUUCUGCCUUUUUAUCCAGAAACGAAAAUUUUCACAAAAACGAAACCAGAGUAUGAUUUCAUCGUCAUUGGAUCUGGUCCAUCUGGAGCUGUAGUUGCAAACAGGUUAACAGAAAAUCCCGAUGUGAAUGUACUAUUGUUAGAAAAUGGAUACGAACCAGGCUUAGUUGCCGAUAUUCCCAUCAUCGCUGGUGCUUUAGAAUUCAGCAGCUAUAACUAUGGAUAUAAAUCUGAACCACAAGAACAGUUUUGUAGAGCUUGUACAGAUAACAGAAUGGAAUGGCCACACGGUAAGGUUCUAGGUGGAAGCAGUGUCAUGAACUACAUGAUAUUCGUUCGAGGAAACGCUCAUGAUUACGAUAAAUGGGAAGAAAUGGGGAAUCCCGGAUGGUCCUACAAAAACAUGUUACCCUUUUUAAAGAAAAUGGAGGAUGCUCAUGUUGAAUAUAGUGAUACGGAAUAUAGAGGGACAGGCGGUCAUUUGUCAGUUAGCGAUGUUCCAUAUAGAACUGGAAUAGUCGACUUAUUCGUCAAUGCAAGUCAAGAAGCUGGACAUAAGUACCUGGAUUAUAAUGGAAGGAAACAAUUGGGGGUAUCGUACAUUCAAGCUACUCUACGAAAUGGUCUCCGCUGUAGCGCCGAAAAAGCGUACAUACGUCCAGCAAGCAUAAGAAGCAAUUUAAAAAUAAAAGUCAACUCGCAAGUCACAAAAAUAUUAAUUAAUAAAAAAACGAAGACAGCAUUUGGAGUUGAAUACCUUUAUAGAGGUAAAAGGUACUAUGUACAAGCUAAAAAAGAAGUUAUUUUAUCUGCUGGAGCCUUAAAUUCGCCGCAAGUUUUAAUGCUGUCCGGAGUUGGGCCUAAAGGUCAUUUAAACGAGCUUGGUAUCCCGAUAGUAAAAGACUUGCCAGUUGGCGAAAAAAUGUAUGAUCACGCUACAUUUCCAGCUAUUAUGUUUGAGGUAAACCAAAGUAUUGUCUUAAAUGCUGCUACAGGCUUUUUUAAUCCUUUAAAUUACAUUGGGGUUAUCUCAGAUUCAGGAUUAUUCACUUCGAUAGGUGGAGUCGAAGCAAUCAAUUAUAUAAAAACUAAACAUUCAAAAGAUCCUGAUCCAGGCUAUCCUGAUGUUGAACUAUUAAUGAUUGGAGGAGCUUUGAGCACAGAUUUUGGUUUUGUUUUUAGAAAGAUAUUCAAUAUUCCGCCGAAGGUGUAUAACAAACUUUUUGCUCCAUUGGAAAAUAAGUACGUUUAUCAGGUGACGCCAGUUUUACUUCAUCCGGAAUCAUACGGUUCUAUCAAAUUAAAUAAAUCAAACCCUGAAGGUGCUCCUUUGUUUUAUGCUAACUACUUUUCGGAUCCAGAAAAUCAUGAUAUCAAAACAUUCAUUGCAGGAAUGAGAGAGCUUCAGAGGAUCAACCUGAUGCCGUCUCUGCAAAAGGUGGGAGCUAAACUAGUUGAUAUACCAGUGCCCGGUUGCGAAACCUACGAGUUUAACUCUGACGACUACUGGGAAUGUGCUCUACGAUCGUUAAUAGGAAGUUAUUACCAUCAAGUAGCCACUUGCAAAAUGGGCCCAUCAUCGGAUCCGGAAGCUGUGGUAAAUCAUCUCUUACAAGUACAUGGCAUUAAGAACUUGCGGGUUAUUGAUACGAGUAUAAUCCCCCACCCACCCUCAUCACAUAAUGUUGGUCCGGCGUAUGCUAUUGGCGAAAAGGGAGCAGAAAUAUUAAAGAGCCACUGGAAUAUUUAGCAAAGAGUUUCUGAACUGUAAACAAAAUUUUUUGUUUAUAAUUAAUAUAAUAUAAUUUAUAAUAUAAUUUAUAAUGUAA